UCCAGCGGUGAGUCCAGCCGCUGAACGCCCAGCGCUGCAGCUCCACUGCGGGAUCCGGAGAGCUAGAAGAGUGAAGGACUUCAGAGGGUCUAUUUAGCCUCCCUUUGUUGGGAAAAAGUUAGAGUAAAACUGGAGGGGAGGAUGUCUUCACAGAAGCUACCGGGCUCUUUUGGAGUCCUGUUCCCAGGAUACUCUCUGCCGAUGAAAGCAGAGCGCAGUCGGAAUAAGGAGAGGCUGGAGGCCAGUCUGGCCGGUUUGUGUGAGCUGGAGCUCCUCAAACAGAGGCAGGAAUGCCGGGUGCUCAGCGCUCUCUGCCUCGGGGACUCUCCGGUUCCCGGGCGUCCGCCUUGGGGAGCCCUGCGGUCGGCACGCUGCGCCCUGGACGCACCGAGCGGCAGCGCGUCGGAGGACCUCAGCCUCCAAACUAGCAGUCUGCAGUGGGGUAUGAAGGCGUCUUUAGAGCAGCAGGUGGCAGAGCUGAAGGUCAACACGGAGGUCCACUCAACAGGUUCCCCUACUGACCCACGGGAGGAAAGCCAACUGAUUUCAGGAGAGGUUCUUGCAGCCCGUAAAAAUGGAUCUCCUCAAUCAAAUUACCAUCCUUUGGUCCCUCGAUCCCUAUCAGCACCUGAGGGGACAGGGGAGACAGAGAGGGGGGAGACAUGGCUGCCAGACUCAUCAAGAUGGGCCACGGUUAAUGAUGCUCUGGGGCAGAUGAAGGAUGUUGACCCGAGUCAGGAAGAUUAUCAACAAGCACAAAAAGUUGAGACCUAUAUAUUUGGAUUGGUCCAACGCAGAGUUCUACCCUCGCGUUCCUCAAAACCCCGAACCAGUUUGGCCCAUGAUCCCCGAGCUGCUAGUGUGGUGAGGCAGAGUAGUUUAUGCCGCAAUCAGGAGCAACAUUCAGCGAAGCAGGUGUCUGUUCAAGAGAUCACUUCUCCAUCCCAGAGUACAGAGGCUCCACAGGAUUGCCAUAACUUCGACCAGGAGCCUUACCUAGGGACAGGGUUUACUGAAGAUGCCCCACCCCCGUACCACCAGCAUCUACAGCCCAGUAUCCAGCAUCAAGCAGGACUUUAUCACAGGUCAAGACAGACAUCCAUGAUUAACACCUCCCGCUCAACAUUGCUGGACUAUCCAGCCUGCAGAGUGCUUCAACCACACCCAGACUCCAGCAACAGCGAACCCGAGUCACCGCAACAUUUUCACAACUACCCUUCUCCUCCAGCUCUGUCAAAGCCUCAUCAGCCACCUGAUGAGCAGCUGGUCAAUGCAGAGUAUAUCCCAGCCCAGCCUUGCCGAGCCUCCACCAGAGCGUAUGCCCAUCAUCAUUCAAACCCCCAUAAGGCGUCCGUGGUGCCUAAACCCAAUCGAACCACCUAUUCUCCAGAAAGAAGCCAUCAUCAUCAAGAGCAGCCGCCCACAGCAUCCCAGAUUCAACCCUCCAGAUCUAGAGCGGGCCCAAAGAAGUGUCGCUCGAAUGAAGACAGAAAUGGGGCCAGCAGGAAGCCAGGGAAGAAGGCAUGUAGGUCUCAGUCAGAGAACAGCCUGCAAAGGGUUCCAGAACGCAAGUACAACACAGUGGAGAGGGACGGUGGAGGAAGUGGAAGCGGUGGAAGGGGAAGCCGCAGUAGUCAAUCAAGGAGCAAGAAACAACAGCAAGGAGGGGGGGGCUGUCGGCGCUGGCAGUCCACCCUGGAACUCAGCCAAGACGAGGCUGAGCAGCCACCCAUGCAGGCACCCAUGCAAGGCUCUUCAGCUUCAAACCAAAGGGACCCUUGUGCAAGGCGAACGCGCAAAUCUCGCCCCACUCAUGCAGCGCAUGUCUACCCACACCCCCCCCACUCCCACCAUCAUCAGCAUAUGGAGUACCAGAUAGAGAGGGACCUAGUGCCGCUGUGUCCGCCUACUGAGGGCUACCCUCACCCCCGUCAGGGAGAGUCUGAGUCCAGCAUGAGCGAGGCAGACUCUCCUGAUUCCAGUACUUUGUCCAGUGACUCAGAUGAGAGUGGUGGUCUGGUUUGGCCUCAACAACUACCCCCACAACUUUCCGUCCCAUCACCCUCUGCCCAACCAGGGGCACCUCUGCAGCCCAAGGCUUUUGUCAAGAUUAAGGCCUCACAUGCCCUUAAGAAGAAGAUCCUGCGCUUCCGCACUGGCUCAUUGAAAGUAAUGACCACUGUAUAAAGUGACAUGAUGAUCAGACAGAACUGAGCUUUGAAAUAUAUAGAACAAUGCAUCACAGACAUUACUGUGUUCAUUUGAGUGUAACAAACGUGGUUAUAAAAUCGAAAGGAUGUUUUAGAUGACAAGAAAUGAAGUAAAUGGCCAUUAUCAUAUCAGCUGUUUUUUUUUUUUUAAUGGGAUGUUAAAUGCUAUUUCAGUGUUACAUUUUGCUAAAACUCUAGGAUGAUUCAUGCUUUGUCAAAGUGUACCAUAUUUGGCCAUAUUGGCCCCCUGAAUAUCUCCAGACACGACAGUCACCAUAACCCAUGCUGGCAUUGUCUUUGAGCUCAGCCCAAUACACCUACCAUUAUAAGAGACACUGGGCCUCAUUCAAGAAUGUUUUGUGUCCUGAAAUAUUGGUACAUUGUAGGGCUUGUUCCUAGUGGAGUCAGAUCCACCAAACAUGCUUAACCACACACAUCUGACAAAUGCCACCUGUUGUUGAGGGGUUCAGUGAGAUUGUAUCACUAGCGUAACCAACACUUUGCUAUGUACAGGUAGGUUUCAAAUAAUAUGCUGCCAGGUUUUCAACCUCCUUUCAAAGAAGGACCCUUUCUUAGGAAAACUGUUACAAACAGUUCGAUUUUAUUAGGACUGAAAAAUCCUCUUUUGUUGUUGAAAUAAUGCAAAGCCGUUAUUAUUGAAUUAUUAAGUCAUAUUGUAAUUAAAUAGGAACAUAUCUCAAGACAAACAACCAAAGGUUAGUGCUUUCUACAUGUUUUCUUCAUUUACCCACAGCCAAUAAAUAAACUGUGGGUGGUAGUAAAUACAUCUGUUAGGCACACAGAGAAGUGAUUGCAGUAAAUAAAUAAUUGUUGUGUAAGAGAGGAUUGUUACUACAGUACAAAGUGUGUGUGAGACAUUUUGUCUGGAACUGUGUGGCUUUUGACUGAAAAUAAGUAUAUAAAUCUUCAACAUUUUACUGUAGGAGCUGUCAGAAACAAACAAGACACCACAGCAACAAGUGUUAUAUUGUCUUUGAAAUGUUUUGGAGGGAUCAAAUGUCAAACUAACAAAGUCAAGUAUUCUUAAAAAGAGCAUUUUAAUGUUAUACAGUAUAGCAAAUUGCAGUUCUUAUUGUAUAAAGUUAAUAUGAGGGUACUUGAGCAAAUGAAAUGUGUCUGUGCCCAAAGAAUGUAAUGUUAUUAAGUCACUUUCACUAUUUGACAGUAUUAUAAUUUUAAGUGCACUCGCCAACUAACUAUUAGCUUCUCUUUGUAUGAAAUGUGUUUGACAAAAUGCAGUAUAUGAUAUUAAAGU